GAAAAUUUCUUUCCAUGUAAAUACACACGUAUCAUAGUCACAACUCACAAGAGAGUCGCGGUCACCCUCUCACGCUCACGGUCAAAGGCUCAGGAAGCAUCAUUACCAGAAUGCAUGAUGGAGGAAGAAAGGUUGAAGAAAAAACCAGAAGGUGUCUCUGAGGUUUUAGCAUGGGUUAACAAGAGCCGCCAGAUUGAGGAAAAAAGUUAGGCUGAAAAGGAGAAAGCCUUGCAGCUCUCAAAGAUUUUUGAAGAGCAGGAUAGAAUUGAUCAAGAAAAAAGUGAUGAUGAGGAAGCAAUGCGACGCACUACUGAGCUGAGUGGGGCAAAAAUUCUUCAUGGGCUUGACAAAGUACUUGAAGGAGGUUCAGUUGUCUUAACUCUCAAGGAUCAGAGCAUACUUUCUGGUGAUGAUGUAAAUCAAGAUUCUAAGGUGAGGUAUAUUGUAUAUCUCAGAGGUUGAUGUGCUUGAAAAUGUUGAAAUUGGAGAGCAGAAGCGGAGGGACGAUGCAUACAAGGCUGCAAAGAAGAAAACAGGGAUUUAUGAUCAGAGUGAUGAGUUUGGUUCUGAAAAGAAAAUGCUUCCACAAUAUGAUGACCCGAUGGAAGAGGAGGGUGUGACCCUUGAUGGAACUGGACGUUUUAGUGGUGGUGCAGAGAAGAAACUGGAGGAGCUCCGGAGAAGAAUUCAGGGGGUUGCCACAAAAAACCACACUGAAGAUCUCAAUUCCUCUAGUAGAAUAUUGACAGACUAUUAUACUCAAGAAGAAAUGCUUCAAUUUAAGAAGCCGAAGAAAAACAAAUCUCUAAGAAAGAAAGUGAAGCUGGACAUAGAUGCCCUUGAAGCAGAGGCUAUUUCUACUGGACUGGGUGCUGGGGAUCUUGGUACUCGGAAUGAUAAGACAAGGCAAGCCCUAAAGGAGGAAAAGGAGAGAGCUGAGGCUGAGAUGCAAAGUAAGGCAUACCAGGCUGCAUAUACAAAGGCUCAGGAAGCAUCUAAAGCACUUCGACCUGAGCAAAUUAUUACCACCAAGGCAAAGGAAGAUGAUGCUGUAUUUGAUGACGAUGAUGAGGAGCUUCGAAAAUCAUUGGUAAGGGCAAGACAAUUAGCUCUGAAAAAACAAGAGGCUGGUAAAUUUGUAACAGAGGCCAUUGCAUUGCUUGCCACUUCAAAUGCAAACAAUUCAACUGUAGAUAAUAACUCCAACCCUGCAAUUGGAGACUUGCAAGAAAAUAAGGUUGUCUUCACAAAAAUGCAAGAGUUUGUUUGGGGUCUUCAGCUUGAUGAAGAUGCGAAAAAAACAGAAGCUAAAGAUGUUUUCAUGGAAGAUGUUGCACCGAAUUCUCCUGAAGCAGCAAUAAUUGAGGAUUGUGGUUGGACAGAGGUGAAAGAAACUGAGAAUAAUGAACCAGCCAUAGAGGAGAAUGAAUACGCAAUACGUGAAGCUGCCGUUGGAAAGGGGUUAUCUAGAGCUCUCAGGCUUCUGAAAGAACGAGGAACACUUAAGGAAACAAUUGAAUGGGGUGGUCGAAACAUGGACAAGAAGAAAAGCAAGCUUGUUGGCAUUAUUGACGAGGAAGGACCCAAGGAAAUACACAUAGAGAGGACUGAUGAGUAUGGCCGAAUUUUGACUCCAAAAGAGGCCUUCCGGUUGCUUUCGCAUAAAUUUCAUGGAAAGCGCCCUUGCAAAAUGAAACAAGAGAAACACAUGCGCCAAUACCAAGAAGAGCUAAAGAUAAAACAAAUGAAAAAUUCAGACACACCAUCACAAUCUGUGGAGAGAAUGAGGGAAGCUCAAGAAAAACUGAAGACUCCUUAUCUUAUUCUUAGUGGACAUGCUAAACCAGGGCAAACUAGUGAUCCCAGAAGUGGUUUUGCUAUUGUUGAGAAUGGGUGAUAAAAAGGUUGAACACAUGUUGGGCAUAAAAAGGAAAUCUGAGCCAGGUGACUCUAACUCACAAAAGAAACCUAGAACCUGAUUUGAAGUUAAUGCACUCUAUGCGCUGAAGGUUGAAGCAACUGGUGCUAGCACUACAUUCUUGUUGAAAAUCAUCAAUCUUGUCCCUCAAGUUUAACGGUUAUAAUUGACAUUACAAUCUUGUUGAGCAUCAAUGAACCAGAUUCCCAAUUUAACAGUAGGACUAAAAAAAGAACCUCAUUAAUUUUUGUCAUUGCGGCCAGUCUUAUUUAGCCCGGUCGUCCAAAAUAGGGAUAUUUUGGUCGUUUUAUGCUUUGGUGGUCUCCUUUGCCCUUUGCGUUGUCGACAAUGAGAAUAACAAACAGGGGCUUGUUAACAUUCACAAUUGUGCAAUGCAAUUUUUGGGAUUUAUCAAA